AUGGCCAACCACACCGGAGAGCUGGGCUUCCUCCUCACAGACCUCUCUGCCACCAGGGAGCUCCAGGUGCUCCAGGCGGUUCUGUUUCUGCUGAUUUACGUGGCGACUGUCGUGGGAAACCUUCUCGUUUUUGUUGUCAUCACCCUGGACCCCUGUCUUCACAUCCCCAUGUACUUCCUCCUGAAGAACCUGGCCUUCUCUGACCUCUGUCUCAUUUCCACCAUCAUCCCCAAGUCCAUUCUCAACUCUCUCUCCAACCAGAGCACCAUCUCCUUCCCGGGGUGUGCGAUGCAGGUCCUGGUGGUGAUUCACUUUGCUGGGUGCGAGGUGUUCAUCCUCACAGCCAUGGCCUAUGACCGCUAUGUGGCCAUCUGUCACCCGCUGCGCUACACUGUCAUCAUGAACAGGGACGUCUGUGUACGCGUGUCAACUGCCUCCUGGGUCCUUGGGGCAUUCUUCGGAGGCACAUACUCAGCUGGCACAUUCUCCUUAUCUUUCUGUGGCUCCAGAAAAGUCCCUCAGUUUUUCUGUGAUGUCCCCUCAUUGUUAAAGCUUUCUUGUUCUAAGGAUCAUAUUACUAUUAAUAUCAGUGUGGCGAUCGGAAUGUUUUAUGGACUUUUUUGUUUAUUCAUCAUUGUUUUCUCGUAUGUCUAUAUUUUUAAUACGAUACGAAGCAUCCCAUCCGUGCAAGGCAGGUCCAAAGCCUUCUCCACCUGCCUUCCCCACCUGGUGGUGGUAACCACCUUCCUCCUGACGGGAGCCGUUGCCUACACAAAGCCAGUGCCCAAGUCGCCCUCGCCCUGGGACUUGCUGCCCUCACUGUUGUACGCAGUGCUGCCACCCUCCCUUAAUCCCGUCAUCUACAGUCUGCGGAACAGGGAGAUCAAGUCGGCCCUGAGAAAGCGUCUGUGGAAACUCAGCAUGUGA